AUGGACUCUAGCAAAUUUUCAGCAUUUUUUGGAAAUGCUGCAACAUUCCAAAUCUCAGGUCGCACAUUUCCAGUUGAAGUAUUACACGCUAAGAAUCCAGUAGAAGACUAUGUUGACACUGCGGUGAAACAAGUAUUACAAAUUCAUUUACAACCUCGUUCAGGCGAUGCAUUGGUCUUUAUGCCCGGUCAGGAAGACAUUGAAGUUAUUUGUGAGGCGUUGAAAGAACGUUUAGCAGAGAUCGAAUCUGCUCCUCCACUUUCCAUUUUACCUAUUUACUCGCAACUGCCCUCGGAUUUACAAGCUAAAAUUUUUCAACGUUCAGAGGGAGGUUUACGAAAAUGCGUUGUAGCAACAAAUAUAGCCGAAACUUCAUUAACUGUCGACGGAAUUGUAUUCGUCGUGGACUCGGGCUAUUGCAAGUUGAAAUUUUAUAAUCCACGAAUCGGUAUGGAUGCUUUACAAGUAUAUCCGGUGUCCAGAGCAAAUGCUGAUCAAAGAGCAGAAAGAGCAGCACGUACUGGUCCUGGUACCUGCUACAGAUUAUACACGCGAAGACAAUAUUUAGACGAACUACUAUUAACUGGAGUUCCAGCAAUACAGCGAACCAAUCUAGCAAAUACUGUAUUGUUACUGUAUUGUUGUUGGCCAUGCUGCUGCCGUCCUUUUUUUCUUCCUGCCAUCGUUGUGUACGUGUGGCUUGCAGGUGGUAUUCCAUUCCCCUGCGCCCUAUUCUUCCACUUCUUCUUCCCCCUACCGGACAGAGUAGGAGGCGGUAGCCCGGCCGGUCCCACCGUCCAUCCCGCUCUGGUUACCGGAGGCGGAAUGAUAGGGGGAGCCCCGUAG